AUGCUAAUCAGACUCAAACCACAUUCCCCUACAACAUUCCAAGUUCGUCAUGUGUCAAACACAGUUACUUUUACAGCAAUGGCAGUAACCAAUAGGUUUUCGUCAAGUCCUUCCAAGAUUGGUAAACUUAGAGUGCCAAUAUUAAAGAGCCCCUCGCAUUUAGGACAUUGCACAAAUCGUCUUCGUCGGUUAUCCAAUGAAGACAAUUUCAGUGGGAAUUUGCUUAAUAUUAAUGAUUCUCAAGUAUUUGCUUUUACAAUUUAUGAUGGACAUGGCGGAGCACAAUGUUCAUCCUACAUGGCCGACAACUUAUCUGGUAUAAUUGAAGAUCUGGGCCAUUUGGUAGAAGAUAAAUCCAAACGUGAAGAAUUAUUCAAGACAUAUGCCAAGAAUAUUGGUGGAUACUGGAAGCGUUGGUAUAAACAUCGAGAGAAAAGUGUUGAAAAUUGGAAGAAACAGAAACUAGAAUUGAAGAAUUUCCCCGGUGAUGACUUAUCAGUACGAGUGCCAUUGAGUUACUUGGAUGCAGAUUACAAAUUUUUCAGUCAAGAACAGAAAUCAGGGUCUACAUGUACUUCAGCAUUGAUUGAAACAAUAUAUUCCAAACCAGGAACAUUUCAACCUUUUUUUGAAAAUUAUUUCUUCAAUAGACAUACAAUAUCGAGAUUAAGUAUCGCACAUGUCGGAGACACACGAGCUAUUUUGGUUGACAAAGAGGGGAUAUCCCACCAAUUAACGACAGAUCAUCAUCCCCUGAACCCUAUGGAAGCUCAAAGAUUAAGAAAGUAUGCUGCCAAUUUUUUUAUGACAGACUCAUUUGGGGAAGAAAGAUUCAUUUCUUUGGCCAAUACACGUGCUUUUGGUGAUGUUGACUAUAAAGAUGUUGGUGUCACUGCUGAACCUGAUUUCAAUCAAUAUAUUAUUGGGGACCUGGCAGCAAUACUGGAGUUUUUAACACCAGAAGAAAUCCAAAAACAUACCAUUGGUGGAUUAGGAGGAGAUGAAAGUUUUAUUGUAUUGUGUAGUGAUGGGGUAACCAACGUAUUGACUGAUCAAGAGAUUGCAGAUAUUGUUAUGACAAAUGUCAAUUUGCGAGGUCAAACUUUUGCUACUCCCCAAUGGUGUGCUCAAGAAAUUAUCAAAUUUGUGGAGUAUGUUGGUGGUGAUGAUAAUGCCACAUGCAUGGUGAUUAGAUUAAACGGUUGGGGCAACUGGCCAACUAUCGAUAGAACAGGAGAACUAAGACAAGCAAGACUUGAUGAUUAUAAUCCAAGAGGUGGUAGAUAA